UCAAGACUAGUAUCACAUGCAGUACUGCUACAUUCUAAGGAUUUACAUUUAAUUGUAAUUUAUCACUACUGUCCAAGUUCCAUAGGUUGCAUCAUCUUGACUAUUAUUAAUCUGUCCACCUGCACAGCAACAGUCUAUAUAACCCCUUCUUCUAGCAUAGGAGACUUCACAAUAUUCAAUCUCAAGGAGAGAGGGGAUGGGGGAAAUGAGAGUUUGGUCAGUUGUUAUGGUUGGGUUGGUGCUGGGAUUGCUGGUAGGGCAGGCCAGAGCAGAUUUCUUCGAGUGCUACACCAAAUGCUUCAUUUUCUGCAUUAUCAUACCUGACCACACUGCCUCCGCAUGCUCUUUGCAGUGCUUGAAGGACUGUCUCCUUCCGCCCACCACUCCUUCAGAUAUCCACCACAGCAGAAAUCAUUUUUACUGCAAGCUUGGCUGUGCUUCCUCCAUGUGCUCCAACAUCAGCAACAGAAAAGAACCAGGUGGAAAGAAAGUGGAAAGCUGUGUGGGCUCCUGCUCUGAGAAUUGCAACAAGAAUUGCAUACUGUCAUAGAAGAUUUGGGGAGGAUUGGUUUUUUUUUUUUUUUUUUCACUUUUUUGUCGAUUGAUGUCAUUAUCUUAUUCGUGAAGGGAUUUGGGAAGCAUGUUGUAUGUGGAAAUAUGAUGGUUUUAAAUUUGAAAUAACUAAGUAAAAAAAUUCUUCUUUGAUAGGAAA